CGCGCCAGCGAGUGAAAGUGUUGACCCACGGCAACUAACCUCGAACUCAUACACCUCACCAAAGCUCUUUUUCCCUUGUGCCAUAAACAGCUUUGCUUUCCCCAAUCCCGGUGACUGGCCUGAGCAUACAUUCUUCGACCUUACAAAAGAAAAAAAAAAGAAAAAAAACUAAUCCGAACCUUUGUUUUCCACUCUCCAUUAACACAAAUUACCCCUCAUCACAAUGUCGUGGCAAGGAUACGUUGACCAGAGCCUCGUCGGCUCAGGCCACAUCGACAAGGCGGCCAUCAUUAGCGCCGCGGGAGACAGCACUUGGGCCACAUCGGCCGACUUUACGAUCGAGCCCGCCGAGAUGAAGACUAUUGCAGACAUCCUAGACAACAAGGCCGGCGCACAGGACAAGGCACAUUCUGAUGGCAUCUAUAUUGCCAAGGAACGCUACGUCGUGGCCAGGAUUGAGGAUAACACCAUUUACGCCAGACAGGGCCGAUCCGGUGUCGCCAUUGCGAAGACGUCACAGGCCAUCCUUGUCGGCCAUCACAACGAGACCACACAGGCUGGAAAUGCAUCGCAGACUGUCGGCGCCCUGGUGGACUACCUGAAGCCUCUGGGAUUUUAAUCAAGUGCGCCUGGGUGGUAGAUUGGCGCCGUUUUAGUUUCAAUGGUGUUGAUAGUGGCCUCCUAGAUACUGGCCAAGCAAACAGGCCUUGAACAAAGACAGUGUCAUUGGUACAUGUUCGCAAAUUCCGGCGGGGAAUCUGUCGAGAGCAACGGGAAAUUUGGGCCUUGUUCAGAGGUGAUGAAAGCGGAGCGGUUGGUCGUGUUUUUGUUCAUUAUGUUCCCUCAUUUUGCGCUUGCGCUUGCGCUUGCCAUAACGUUUGAUGCCCAGUAACUCAAUAUCCAAACAGAUGUUCAACACAUUUUUUCAAAGUUACCUAACACGGUAAGCCAAGAUCAACUGAGAUGCCGUACAUAUAUCUGAGUUUGCCGAGGAUUCGAAUUUACCAAUGCUGCAUUGUCUUCAGCCGCCCUACGUGUACGCAAUUAAAGUCGAUGGAAAAAAAAGAGAGAAAAAAGACCUAACGAUAAAUAUGCUCAGAUCAGUGAGGAUGAAUUACGGUGUUGGUGUAACCGUGUAGUUCGGGUAUUUUGUCACCCAAAACGCCUUUAGAAAGUUGAACGUGUCUAUGUCUUCCCGAUGCCCAUUCCCAAGCCCCCACAAACGCCA